GGCGGCGGCCGCGCGGAGGGAGCUUCUAGACACGGAGCAGGAGCCGCGCAGUGACCUGGCAGAGACAUGGAUUUGGGUGCAAUCACAAAGCACUCAGCUUUACAUGCCAAGCCCAGUGGACUUACUCUUCAAUAUGGGACAGCUGGAUUUCGAUCAAAGGCAGAACAUCUUGAUCAUAUCAUGUUUCGAAUGGGAUUAUUAGCUGUCCUGAGAUCAAAGCAGACAAAAUCCACCAUAGGAGUCAUGGUCACAGCAUCUCACAAUCCUGAGGAAGACAAUGGUGUGAAAUUGGUUGAUCCUUUGGGUGAAAUGUUGGCCCCUUCCUGGGAGGAACAUGCUACCUGUUUGGCAAAUGCUGAGGAACAAGAUAUGCAGACAGUGCUUGUUGACAUCAGCGAGAAAGAAGCCGUGGAUCUGCACCAAGAUGCUUUUGUAGUUAUUGGUAGAGAUACGAGGCCCAGCAGUGAGAAGCUCUCACAAUCUGUAAUAGAUGGUGUGACUAUUUUAGGAGGUCAAUUCUAUGAUUAUGGCUUGUUAACAACACCUCAGCUGCACUACAUGGUAUGCUGUCGAAAUACCAGUGGCCAGUAUGGAAAGGCAACCAUAGAAGGCUACUGCCAGAAACUCUCUAAGGCUUUUGUGGAACUUACCAAACAGGCUUCCUGCAGUGGAGAUGAAAGUAGGUGCAUUAAAGUUGACUGUGCAAAUGGCAUAGGGGCCCUGAAGCUAAAAGAAAUGGAGCGCUACUUCUCACAAGGACUGUCAGUUCAGCUGUUCAACGAUGGGACUAAAGGAAAGCUCAACCACUUAUGCGGGGCUGACUUUGUGAAAAGUCAUCAGAAGCCUCCACAGGGGAUGGAAGUGAAGUUCAAUGAAAGAUGCUGUUCCUUUGAUGGAGAUGCAGACAGAAUCGUGUAUUACUACUGUGAUGCAGAUGGUCACUUUCAUCUCAUAGAUGGAGACAAGAUAGCAACGUUGAUUAGCAGUUUUCUUAAAGAGCUUCUGUUGGAGAUUGGAGAAAGCUUGAAUCUUUGCGUGGUACAAACUGCAUAUGCAAAUGGAAGCUCAACGCAGUACCUUGAGGAAGUUAUGAAGGUACCUGUUUACUGCACUAAAACUGGUGUCAAACAUUUGCACCAUAAGGCUCAAGAAUUUGACAUUGGAGUUUAUUUUGAAGCAAACGGACAUGGCACA